AUGCAGAAUGAAAAUGAAGAAUUACCAACAUGUGAAAAAUUAUUUAGUCUCGAAUUGACGGUAUUAAAACUAGUUGGCUUAGGUUCCUUAAAAAAUGGAUUUAGGCAAAAGAACGCGAAUUUACUUGUCAAAUUUUAUGAAAUAUUUUUAUUUAUAUAUAGUGCUAGUGUACUAACAACUUUUUUUAUAAGCUCGGUAUUUACUGUACAUGUGUUGUUACACAGUGACUUUAUACUGGCAUGUGAAAUAGCAACAUUUAUUUUUGCAGGUGCUAUAACUGUUAGUAAGGUUCUGAGAAUAUGGAGCUAUCGGAUCGAAUUAAUUGAAAUUUUGAAAGAAUUUAAUGAUCUGUGGGAAGAUAUUACUAAGCAUCGUUUGAAUUUGAAAGAAAAUAUUUGUGAUAUAUUAAAUGCAUCAAAGCCAAUACGUUAUGGAUAUUGUUUAAUCGCAAGUUCAUUGAGUCUGAGUUACGCACUACGUCCUUAUUUUCAAAUGUUAUUUUACUUCAUAAAACAAUCUGAAAACAAGACGUACGAUCUAACAGUAACAGUGUAUCCACUAAUAUAUCCCAUACAAAGAGGAACAUGGCUGGGUUACCUCUUGUGCUUGGCAUACGAACAAAGUAUCCUCUUUUUCGGAGCAGUUUAUUGGAUCAUGUGGGACACACUAUUUAUUCUACUUACUUCUCACAUUUGCGUCCACUUUAUGAUUAUGUCCAACGAUUUCAACAAUUUACAUGUUAAUUACGAUAAAAACGACAACGAAAGCUUUAAAUCGAUAGAAGACCUAUCACGACGACACCAAAAAAUGUUUAUAUUGUGUCAAAAAAUCGAAACUCUGUACAGUCCAAUCAUCUUACUUACGGUAGUGUUUAAUGGCAUCGAUUUAUGUCUUUGUAUUUUCGCACUUGACAAAGAUCUAUCAAACGGGAAUUGGGCUAAAGUUGCAUCAAGCGUGACACAUGCACUGACAUUAUUUGUCCAAAUUGUUAUUUAUUGCGAAUUUUCUCAUGUUGCUACAGAAGAAACCAGUCGGAUAAGUGAAGCAAUUUAUAAUUCUUCAUGGAUUUAUUUUGAUAAAAAAAUGAAGAAAAUGUUAUUAAUAAUAAUGAUGCGUGCUAGUAGAGAGUAUAAAUUUUCAGUAUACGGUAUACUGAUUCUCGAUCGUGAGCAACUCACAAAAAUUGUUAAAACAACGAUGAGUUAUUUUACGAUGCUAAGAAGUUUUUCAUAG